UUUUUUUUUUUCCUUGGUGAUUUUUGCACUCCAAAAAUGUCAGUGGGCAAUGUACUUCUGAGUGCACUGGGACCCUGAAAAUUUGUGUCCCCACACAGCCUGGGGUGCUGUGGGUGAGCUGGAGCUGCGCAGCCCUGUGGGGCUGGGCUGGGCUGGAGGAUUCCUCUGAAUUAUUUCCAGAUGGGGAUUAAUGCAGCAAACUGAGUUUGCCGCAGGGUAGAUAAACAAGCCAAAGCUCCUCUGGAGGCUAUUAAUAAACCGGUCUGCCUGCUCCUGGGUCUGGCAACAUCCGGGAUCUGGCUGGGGACACAGGCACACGCUGCUUUGCAGCCUCUCAGCCUCUUUGCCAUGGGGCAGGGGUGACUCAAGUCCCAAAUGGCAAAGGAGCCACAAGAGCAUCCCUUUUCCAUCACUGGGCAGGGUGGGAUGAGGUCCUCUGGUCCCCUGGGGUCCCCUGGAGCUCUGACAGGGAAAGGGGUGCUGGGACCUGGCACCUCCCCUCUGCAGCUCCUGCUGCGGGGCUUUCAAACAGGAGCAGGUGUAAACAGGGCGGAGGCAGACUUUGAGCCCUCCAGUGCCAGCACUGCCAUGCCAAAGCCAGGGCGAGCAAGUUUUGGGUGGCAGCAGCCUGGCACAGUCACCUUCCUCAUGCCUUCUCGGGUGGGGGUCACAUCCCAGCCCUUCUCACUUGUGGUCUGCAGCCAGGGGCAAACAGAGCCUGGCCAAGGGCUCUCCACCAAGGACUUCUGGGCACGGCAGGGACAGCAUUAGACCUGCCAAUGGCAUGACUGAAGCUUCGUCCCAUUCCAGCCAGCUACGUGGCCCUGGAUCCUCUGUGCAUAGCGGGUUGCCCCAUGGGGAGGAUGGAGGCCAGGAGGUGUUUGUUUUUUUCCACCUCCCCAGGCUGCGGUGCCCACAAGCAGUUAAUUACAGGCUGGACAGAGCUGGCUGCUUACCUGGCUGGAGUGACGCCUGGCAGGGGGAGGGACGAGGGCACAGCCACACCUUGCCAGGGCAGGCAUCACUGCAAAAAUAUUUCCUAAGAAAAGUGCAGCUCCACCCCGCACAGCACACGGUGGGGAAUGCACAGAGCUACCGGGAGCCGUGCGUGUCCACCCGUUCACCGCACCCAAGGGUGCCGGGCAGGGACAAGUGGCUGGGCAAGGUGAGGGGUGCUGGGCACUCUGCCCCCAGGGGAGCCCUGAUGCUGGGGGCCAGGGAGCCCUCUCUGCGUGGGUGGGCAGCCAUGGGCGUGUGGAGGGGCCCCAGCACCGUGCUGACCCUCCUGCUCUUCCUAUGCCCACUGUCCGCACCUGCGUGCCCCCCUGCCUGCCGCUGCUGGGCAAGGGACGUGGACUGCCGCCAGCGUGCCCUGCAUGAGGUGCCGCCACGUCUGCCCACCAACGCCAGCACCCUCUGGCUCGGCUACAACUUCAUCGCCGUGCUCAGGGCACGCGCCUUCCCCUCCCUGCCUGCGCUGCUGCGGCUCAGCCUGCCCCAUAACCACCUGGGGAUGAUCCACAGGCAGGCACUGGUGGGGCUCGGGGCGCUGCAGGAACUGGAUCUCAGCAACAACUACCUGGCCAUGCUGAACCCUGAAAGCUUCCUGCCCCUCGGCAGCCUGGCCACACUCAACCUGGGCAACAACAAGCUGGAGGAGCUAGGGGCCGGGGUGCUGAGUGCCUUGCCCCAGCUCCAAGAGCUCUUCCUGCAUGGGAACCCCUGGGUGUGCUCCUGCAGCAUCCUGCCCCUCUGGCGCUGGCUUGGUCACAACAGGGACAAAGUGCCAGAGGAAAGUUUGCUCCAGUGCAUGUUCCCGGAGCAGCUGAACAUGUAUCCGAUCCUGGCCUUCAGGAACGAGUCCUUCUGGCCGUGCCAGGCAACUCCACUGUCUGCCCAGCACUACGCCACCUUCCUGCUCCUUGGGCUGUCCUCCUUCCUGGCCAGCAUCAUCUUCUGCACCCUGAUGGGCUGCGUCGUGGUCAUUUACCAGCACCUGCGCAAGGAACCCCACUUCUGUAGGAGACCCCUCCUUUGCAGGGGGCUCUGAGCAGGACCACCAGCCCAGGGCACUGCCUGCACCCAGCUGUUGUGAAGGUUUCCCUGCAGAGCAGUGAGUGGAUGCUCUGCUCCUGCAGAGUGCUCCUGCUCCUCCCUGAGGCCCUGAGGAAUCCCCGAGCUCUGCCCCACUGCCUCCAGCUCAGCCCCUCUGCAGCGCUGCUCCCUGUCUCAGGAGGCUCCCUCAGGCUGCCCCCAGACCUGCACAGCCCCUUCCCAGGGGAUGCUGAUCCUUUUCCUUUGGCUCACCCCCUCCUGCCCCUUUGCUCCCCAGGGCUCUUGUGUGCAUUUCAGGGUGCACCGUUCACCUCCCUGUGCCUUUUGGUGAACCCCAUGAGUCUCUGGGUGCCUUCUGGUGCCCCAAAGCCUCUCUGUGCCUUUUUCUGUGUCUCCAGAAGGCCUUUUGUUGUGUCCCAAAGCUCUCCACAGGUCUGCUUGUGCACUUGAGGAUCUCUGGGUGCCUUGAGGGAACUCCAGAGCUUCCAUGCAGCAAAGGAAAAUACAAGCUGGGGUGAAGGGGCCAACCCCCAAGGAGGAGAAAGAGUCCCUUCUGGCACAAGUUCCUACCCACCGCAAGGCAAUAAUAGCCAUAAUGAGAUGGCCAUGGGUGUCAACCUCCUCCUGUUAGCUCCUGUGGCAUAGAAAUGAUCUCCUGCCUGUGCAAGAGCUGUGGCACAGGCCAGGAAUGUGGUCAAUGUGUCUGUUGGCAGGCUCUCAGUGGAGGUUAAACAAAUCCUGUAGAGAAUAAAUCAAAUGU